CUGCCAAAGCAAUCAGUGCACAUAAAUCCUACAUAAGUUUUGAGAAACUGUAACUUAAAAGCAAUCAGUGCAAAGCUUUUGUUUGUGUGUGUCUGUGCACAAGUUCUCUCUUUUAUCUCUCGCUCAGUGCUAGUUGCAGAUUCUCUAAGAACCACUAGUUCUCUCUGUUAUUGUCAUCUAAAGGAUGAAACGCAUAGACAUGUUCUGUGCUUCACAAGCCUCAACAGCCAUAUGUCUUAGCAUGGACCAAGCCUCCUGCUCCUCUUCCAACACCAUUCAACUCGGAGGCCGAGCAAUCGACCGCCACAACCCCAUUAUCAACGAUUCAAGAAGAAGCACCUCUAGAGCCCCAUGUUCUUCAUCUCAGCCACCCAUCAACCCAAAAUCUUACCAAAAAUCCAAGAUAAAAAACUCUUCUUCAAACCCAAAUGGCCAGAACAAGAAAAAUGCAGCUAAAGUUCAUGAUCAGAAGAAGAAAAGCACAGCAGAAAAGCUCACUGACAAUGUCACCAACAACACCAAAAGCCACUCUUCUAAGCCAAUUGAUAGUACCCUGAGAAGGACUUGGCUUAAGGCACCUAAUGAGUCAGUCACUUCUCUUGGUUCAACUAGAUCUUUGCUCAGUAACACUGCACUCUUAGAUGGUUCUUCAGAUUAUGAGCCAGUUUUGGCAUUAAACAAAGGUGAUACUAAAAAGGCUCAAGUUGUUUGUGAAGAUGAAAUCCACCCUGCAUCUAAAUCCUCUAGCCCUUCUCGUCCAAAAUCUGGUUCCUCAGACCAGCAGGUUGUAGUGCUGAGAGUUUCUUUGCAUUGCAAAGGCUGUGUAGGGAAGGUGAGGAAACACCUCUCCAGAAUGCAAGGAGUUAGUUCCUUCAACAUAGAUUUUGCAGCAAAGAAAGUGACAGUAAUUGGGGAUGUGACUCCAUUAAGUGUCUUGGCAAGCAUAUCAAAGGUGAAGAGUGCACAAUUUUGGCCAACAUCAGCCUCAGCUCUUGGAUCUGGUUGCGCAGAAACCAAGAUACAAAGUUCAUGUAGAUGAGAGGAAUGUAGAAUACUAGAGUAUAUGUAUUGACGUGUAUUUUUCUUUACGAGAUUAGGUAUCCACGCUGGCCGCGGUAACUAAUCCUCUGUCACGGGUGCUUGCACUAAGCUGUAAGCAGCUGAUCACAAAAUGUGCUCUAUGUUUUAGGUGUGAAUUAGACGGUAAUUUAAUUAUUGUAAAUGUAUGUUAGGAAGGUAGCUGUGUCACUUGUAAGCAAUAAAUUGGAGGUAGAAUUUUAAUGAACAAUGAAAUUUGCAUGAUUUUUAAUAUAAGAUUAGGGUUCAUAGUGGGGAAAAGUUGGCUUUCUCUGACAUGAGAAGUAGAUUAAAAAUGAUAAGGGACUUAAUUGUAAUAUUUUUUGUUUUAGACUAAAACACUAAG